UUAUACAGAGUGAGUGUAAGAUUGUUCCCCUGCGGAUAACGCGCGCCUUUUUCAUUCAUCUGUCGUCAAUAGAAUCUAGAGAAGAGGAUGAGAGGAGCAGUAGGAGGAGGAGGGGGAGGAGGAGGAGGAGGAGGAGGUGGUGGUUUUGCGAGCCGAGAUGGCAGUCGAAAACGACCGGCAGGCGGUUCAGCUGUCAGUGGGAAUGUUUCCACAGAGGUUAAGCUUUCGAUACAGCGAGGGGGGGGGGGACGUGGAGAAGGAGGAGGAGGAGGAGGAGGAGGAAGAGGAUCUGUCCGUCGGGACCAUGGUGGGGACUAUGGUUUGCCUAUGCCUAUGGUGGAUGCAAAACGGCAGCGGUCCGAUAACGCGGCGACCGGUCGUUCGCGCUCUCCUUCCAGCCAUCAGCACCACCAGUACCAGCAUCAUCAUCAUCAUCAUCAUCAACCACCACCAGCAUCACAACCAAUCAAGCGCGGAGGCCAAUCGAGCGCAGACGUCGUCGGUGAUGGAUCGGAGUCUUACGAUCAUAAUCAAAAUCAUAAUCGACGGAUGGCAGCCGCCGCCCCGCGCAGCCCUCGAUACGUUAAUCGAACAGGCCACACGGCAAGUGGCCAUGGGCGCAUGCGCAACAGCCACAUGGCGCCACCAGCAGAUCCAGACCCCACUCAGGCGGAGUCCUCAGAAACGGAAUCAGACAGCAAAGGGAAGAUGGUCGGAGGAGGUGAUCUUGGUCGAGUAGAGGACUAUAGAAGGAGGGUGGAAGGUUCAGCAGCAGGAGGAGGAGCGGGUGGGAGAAAAGCGGGGGGGGGUAGAGGAGGUGGUCGGCUUCCCUCUCGCUCCCCGGGUCGGUCCUCACCGUCGAUGAAUGUGGGAGGAGGAGGUGGUGGUAAGGGGUUGAUGAUGGGGGAAUUAGGUUGGCGAGGAGGGCGUGAGCGGUAUGAUGGGGGAGGGGGAGGGGGAGGGAUGAGAAUGAGAGGCGCCUUGAGAGAGAGAGCGGGCGAUGCUGCGAUCGCGGCCGCGGCUGUGGCGCCGAGAGCGGGCGCGGGGAGACGCGCGGGGGUGGGCCCGGGGGCGGGGCCGGGGGAUCGAGACUACAGCGGUACGGAGACGGAGGCAAGAACGGAAGGAGAGGAGGAUGAAGAGCAGGAGGUAGGGGAGGGGGAGGAGGUAGGAGGGCGGGAAGAAGAAGAGGAAAGGCAGGAGGAGGAAGAAGAAGAGGAGGAGGAGGAGGAGGAGGAGGAGGAGGAGGAGGGUUUACACGUUGGACAUGCGGGCGAUGUUCCAGGAGGACGGCGCAGGGACCUCGCGUCUAGAGCGUCGGCAUUUCCAAGACGAGCGGAACAACGGGCGGAGGAAGGAGGACAGCAGGAAGAGGAGGAGGAAGAGGAGGAGGAGGAGGAGGAGGAGGAGGAGGAAGAGGAAGAGGAGCAAGACAGAGGAGUUAGGGUAGAGGAGGAAGAAGAAAGAGGAGAAGAAGCACAACGACAAGAAGAACAAGAAGAUGAAGAAGAAGAAGAAGAUCUGCGCGAUGUAGUACGAGUGAGAAAAGGAGGAGGAGGAGGAGGAGGAGGAGGAGGAGGAGGAGGAGGAGAGAGAGGGGAGAAAGUGGCCAUUGCAAGAAUGAAGCAGCAGAAGGAUCUCGCCUCGUGGUAUCGAGCAGAAUGUGUGAGCUGCUGUCGAGAGUUGCUCGGUAUGCAGCGCAAAUGGGAACAAGAACUAAGAUCUCCAAUAGCUGGAUAUGAAGAUAGAGAGGUGUUCUUCAACCUACAACGACCUCCUGCUCCUCCUGCUCCUCCUCCUCCUCCUCCUCCUCCCGCCGCUCCUUUACCUCUUCCUCCUCUCUCCUCUUCAAUGGCGAAUAGAAUGCAGCAGCAAGUGAGUAGCGCAGUUCCUCUUGGUGGUUCGACAAGACGGCAUCAAUCAACGCCAUCGCCUAAGACAGUUCUCGAUUAUAACGCGGGGCGAGGAGGGGGAGGAGGAGCGCGUGUAGGAGGAGUGCGGGCGGGAGGAGGCGGCGGCGGCGGCGCCGGAGGAGGAGGAGGAGGCAAUCAAGCAGAUACAGCAGCAGCGCCAACUGGGCCCCUGCCACACGUCGAUCCCCCACGUGUCAGACAUAGUAAUUUGCAGUCCCACAGCUCCAGAGUACAUGCUCCGCUGUCGUCAGCAAGCCACGUGGCGCCUCCUCCUUUACGCCAAGUGGUCAGAGUGAAGACUGAACCAUACAGCCCAGUAGUGAGGGUGAAGAAUGAACCUUACGUCUGACAGGCGAAGCAGGAGCAAGAGAGGAGGGAAGAUGGAGUCCUGCAGACCGUGUGGCGUAUGGGAUCUUAUGCCUUGGCAGC